GCCAGCUACGUGAACUACAACGACAACGACAAUACCAAGAUCAAGACUUUGAGAGAAAUAACGAGAGUUUCAGCAACAAUUCAACGUCAAUUGCGAUUUUCGAUUUGGAAUUCUCACACGUUUCCUUUCAUUCUUCGACAUCUUUCAUUCUUCUUCUCACAACAACGUCAUCUUGUGACUAAAAAACGGAAUCCUUCUUCCUUGGCCUUGCAACAAAACGUCAUCUUCACCUUCAUUUCUUCACCAUCACCUUCUUUUCUUCUCAGAAUUUGCGAUUUCGAUGCACUUCGAUCUCGAUUGAAAUUCAUUUCUUCUAGAACACAACGCCUUUUUAGUUACGUAAACCGCCUUGUUUUUACUUAAGCCGCUUAUAUUUACAGUAUUUUACGCAUGUUAACUACAUGAUUAUGUUUAUUGACAAUGAAUCGACAAAAUUGGCCUUAAAUUAGUCACACAAAUGAGGUUGCUAAAGAAGGGCGGAAGUAAAGCUUUAUUGUGAUUAUUUCUGACAGUUAGUUGGAUCAAACUUUCAUAUUUAAGGUCAAACCAGUCACACAAACGAGGUUGCUGGAAUGGCGAAUUCAAGAAAUUAUACACAAGUAGAAAGCAACUGGCUUUAAGAAACUGCUCUGGGCCGGACAGCUAGGCUCAAGAGAUUGUACACGAACAAAACUAACAACUUGUAAAAAUAGAUUUAGACUGCUUGCAGUUUUGCUGCUGAUAAUACGGUUAAAAAUCUACGGUUGCGUUUCAACCUAGGACAAGUGGAAAAUAACUAGGUUUUAAGAGAUUCUACAAGAGCGGAAAUAACUGGGAAGGGGCGACAAGUGGCUCCUUGUUUCG